AGUCGAGCGGACGGCAUACCUUCGCAUAGGCCGAUCUCGCCGGGACAUUCUGCUUCUUCUCAGUCUUAGCGAUCGCGCCCCGUUUCUCGAGAGGAGGCUCUCGCAGGAACCGCAAAAAAGGAGUACCGCACGAACGCACGAACGAACGAACGAACGAACGAACGAGUGGACGGACGGACGACAGAGAUUUCGAGAGACGAUUGGCAACUCGGUGAGAGUGCGCGAGUGCGAUACGCUCUAUCGAACCCCGUAGCCUCUCCCCUCCCAAAGAUCGGCCGUUCCAGGAUCAGGGAACCGCGCUCUUUCGCGUCUCUAAAAUCGCGAGAAGAGGGAGACGGGGGGAGAUCGGGACCGCGGUAAACAGAGACACGUGACGUUUCUGCUGCCGCAGCCGAAGGGAGAAGGAUCGCAAGGAUCUGAACUUCGGGAGACGGCUCGAAUCGUGCGGGAUACCACCGGAGCUCGGUCCGUAGAAUCCGCGAAAGAGUACGCGGGACCAGCGAUCGGGAUCCUCGCGAGGCGAUCGGGGCGACUCCCCUUUUCCGCUUUACAUCUCGAUGAUCGAUCAAUGAGAAGAUUCGCGCUUAUGGGAUUCACGAAGAUGGACUUCAAGUAGCAGUGGCGGACGACCGGCGAGCUUCUUCGUGUUCAAGCUUUCUCGUGCUCCGUUGUACUUCUGCUAUGAGUAUUUCCCCGAGUAUUCCUCCUCCAACCCGUUCCGAACGCCUUGUCGCGCAAAUAAGAAGGUGAACGUAUCGAAACCCCCCUUCCAUUCUUUUUAUCGCAUCCCCCCACCGUGGAAUAAAACACCUAACGCAGCAGCAAACGUUCCCUCCGGAGAAAAAGAAAAAGAGCGAGAAAGAGAAACACACACACGCACGCACACACGCACACACAUCCACCCACCCACACACGCACAACAAACAGGCGACCGCCGGAUUCCCCCAAUCGAGAUUCUUUAUCGGGAAAGAGCUUCACUGUGCUUCUCUCACCAUCGCGACACGAUGACCGGCAAAACAAUAAGGCACCUGCUGUACACCCUGCUGGCGUUCGCCGGGGUCCGCCGUAGCAAAUGCGAUGUUUUCGAUCUGCCAUUGAAAGUCGAGCACGGCGAGUACGUCAAGGAGUACGUGUUCAUGGACGAGAGCGAGUACCACGCCGAGCUGCAGGAAUUCGACGACACGGCGAUCGAGAUCGAUCUGAUCAAUCGUAAUCGGAACCACGAGUACGAGGAGCCCAGGGUGCUGUACCAAAUCGGGAACAGCGAGGAGGAGUUACCGGAGUGCGCGGACCGGAGGGACGUGUGUAGCAAGGUGGAUUUAUAUGGUGCACCGUGGGUCGAGAGACAAUGUCGUUGCCCGGACGACCGUGCCUGCUCCAGCACUCUUCACGGGGACGACGGAUACACGAUCCUCGAUAAAACGCGCCGCUACAAGCUCUGCGAGCCCGUGAAACGACUUCCCAUCUGUCAUUACUUCAAGGACGUUACGUGGACGGUGGCACCCGGAAGUGGCCCGGGGAAUGCGACGGUGCAACGAGUCUACUGUCGAUGUCGCCCAAACAGCGUGCCAUACCUACUACGUAGGCAACAGCAUACAUCGCCGGACGGAAAGCAAGGCUUCAUCUUCGCCUUCGCCUGUUCUCCGCAAAGCAAAAUACGGUGCCAGCACAAGGAGCCCUGCCGCCUGUUCACCGUGCGCAAGAGACGCAGUUCGCAGCUCGAGGAUGUGACCGCCUCGCCGCUCUGCCAGUGCCCACGUGGACACCGGUGCCCGCGGCGGCACACGGACCUCGGCUCCUCGCCGGCGCGAUCCUACUCCGGCGCCCUCGAGAUCAAGACUUACAGCGGCUACUGCGUGCCGAACCACGGCUACGACAAAAUGACCUACGGCAUCUGAGAGAGGCAUCGCGCGCAUCGCAGAAACGGCAUCUGUCGACUGCACGCCAGGACGCCGAGCGCAAAUCCGCCACGACACCGAGCUUCAAACGGACUACACACGCGUCUUUUACCACUUACGUCCCCGUAAAAAGAGGGAGGACGGUCGGCUCCCCGAGGACCAAUCGGCGGAGGUUCCGUCCGCCCUUUCAAGCGCGCAACAAUUGGCCAUUUGGUACCUGCCGAUUGUCGAAAAACGUUGCCGUAAAAUCAAUCGUGGCGCGUCUCGGGUGAUCUUCCUCUCGGCGGAGGAGAAGCGCAUCCGAACGCUCGUUCGAAUAAUCCUUUGAAAUUCUUUUUCUUUCCACCUAUUCUAUCUUCCUUCUUUCGUCUCGAACGAUGCGCGCGCGCUCCUCUCGAGCUCCGCUUUUGUGGACGGGAAGCGUCGCGUAGGAAUCGCGAACAACGGGAAAUUAACAUACGUGUCGAUCGGUCGGCUUGUACCAGCCAUGUGACGCCGUGCCAUGUACAAUCCCCCAGCGGCGUUGGCGAAUGUUAAGUGUAAAAAGUAAUGUACAGAAGAUAUAUAGAGAUAAGAGAAUCGUGCCCGCCCACAGUUUUGUACAGUACAGUUUCGAAACGAUCGCCUCGUAUUCCCGCAAUGUGACACGGGCCACAGUUAUCGCGCCCCUCGGUCGUAGCACAACGGCGAGCCUUUUCUUUCUUUAGCGCUAUCGAUUUUUAUGCCGCUUCGUAGAAUAUUGCAAGACGUCGCGCAGUCGUUUAACACUUGUACAUAUUCGUCUCUGGUCUUCCGAAAGUGUCUCAUUCGGGGAGUAUAUUGUAUAUGGUAGCAUCGCAAGACGAUUCGUAAGAGACUCUUCUCGAUGUUAUUUGUUACUUUUACUUUAACUUAAUAAAAAAGAGGGGUCUCUUCGGGGGUGUGGCCACUUUGCAUCCAUGCGAUGGUCCACCGAACCAUCGAGAUAACAAGCGUCGCUCUGGAGUCGUAUUGCAUAUUGUACCUGGUUUAUUGGGCUAAACUAAAGUAGACAAUCGAGAGGAAUAUCGAGCGAAGGCCUGGGUAGUUUACUGUGCGGCGUCCACAACGAGAUCUUCAAGUAAAGUUUAAGAAAAUCACUUUUCGCACUUUUCGCGCCUAGAACUGUCAAUUCGUGAAAACAUUUGUGUAAUAUACAAAUUAUAUGGCUUUUGUGUACAA